AGAAAGAAAGAAAGAAAAAAAUCCGAGUAGGUCCGAGGUGCUUUCUCCUGGAGCAGGAGCACAGUCCCUGUUGUGCUCGGGACCAUGGCUGGUUCCUGCAGCUGCCUCCGGGAGGCACCUGGGCCGGGGGUCGCCCGUGCUGCGAGCCCGCAGUAAGUGCGGGUUUAGGGGCACAGAAAGUGACAGGCAAAGGCGCGCGGCGCCGGGCUGGGGCUCGAGGGCCGGACCCGCGAGGAGGCGGGGAGAGGGCCAGCCCAAACUCUCACAGCCUCACUCCCAGUGAUAACCUGCAGCUAUGGAGUCGCCAACCAAGGAGAUUGAAGAAUUUGAGAGCAACUCUCUGAAGUACCUGCAACCCGAACAGAUCGAGAAAAUCUGGCUUCGGCUCCGAGGGCUGAGGAAAUACAAGAAAACAUCCCAGAGGUUACGGUCUUUGGUCAAACAAUUAGAGAGAGGCGAGGCUUCGGUGGUAGAUCUUAAGAAGAAUUUGGAAUAUGCAGCCACGGUGCUUGAAUCUGUGUACAUUGAUGAAACCAGGAGACUUCUGGAUACGGAGGAUGAGCUCAGUGACAUUCAGUCGGAUGCAGUGCCUUCUGAGGUCCGAGACUGGCUGGCCUCCACCUUCACCAGGCAGAUGGGGAUGAUGCUCAGAAGGAGCGAGGAGAAGCCGCGGUUCAAGAGCAUUGUCCAUGCAGUGCAGGCUGGGAUAUUUGUGGAGAGAAUGUAUAGAAGAACAUCAAACAUGGUUGGACUGAGCUACCCACCAGCUGUUAUUGAAGCAUUAAAGGAUGUGGACAAGUGGUCCUUUGAUGUCUUUUCCCUCAAUGAGGCCAGCGGGGAUCAUGCACUGAAAUUCAUUUUUUAUGAAUUACUCACCCGUUAUGAUCUGAUCAGCCGUUUCAAGAUCCCCAUUUCUGCCCUUGUCUCAUUCGUGGAAGCUCUGGAAGUAGGAUACAGUAAGCAUAAAAAUCCAUACCACAAUUUAAUGCACGCCGCCGAUGUUACACAGACUGUCCAUUACCUCCUUUAUAAGACAGGAGUGGCGAACUGGCUGACAGAGCUGGAGAUCUUUGCCAUCAUCUUCUCAGCAGCCAUCCACGACUAUGAGCACACCGGAACCACCAACAAUUUCCACAUUCAGACACGGUCUGACCCUGCUAUUCUGUACAACGAUAGGUCUGUAUUAGAAAAUCACCAUUUAAGUGCGGCUUAUCGCCUUCUGCAAGAAGAUGAGGAAAUGAAUAUUUUGAUCAACCUCUCAAAGGAUGACUGGAGGGAGUUUCGGACCUUGGUCAUUGAGAUGGUGAUGGCCACGGACAUGUCCUGUCAUUUCCAACAGAUCAAAGCAAUGAAGACUGCUUUGCAACAGCCAGAAGCAAUUGAAAAGCCGAAAGCGUUAUCUCUGAUGUUGCACACGGCAGACAUUAGCCAUCCUGCAAAAGCAUGGGAGCUCCAUCAUCGCUGGACAAUGUCACUCCUGGAGGAAUUCUUCAGACAGGGUGACAGAGAAGCAGAGCUGGGGCUGCCUUUUUCUCCUCUGUGUGAUCGAAAGUCAACGAUGGUUGCUCAGUCGCAAGUGGGUUUUAUUGAUUUCAUUGUGGAGCCCACCUUCACUGUUCUCACGGACAUGACUGAGAAGAUUGUGAGCCCUUUAAUUGAUGAAACCUCCCAAACUGGCGGGACUGGACAGAGGCGUUCAAGUUUGAACAGCAUCAGUUCAGCGGAUGCGAAGCGGUCGGGUGUGAAGAGCACUGGCUCAGAAGGAAGCGCCCCCAUCAACAGUUCUGUCAUCCCCGUUGACUAUAAGAGUUUUAAGACAACUUGGACUGAGGUGGUGCACAUCAACCGGGAGAGAUGGAGGGCCAAGGUGCCCAAAGAGGAGAAGGCCAAGAAGGAAGCAGAGGAAAAAGCUCGCCUGGCUGCAGAGGAGAAGCAAAAGGAAAUGGAAGCCAAAAGCCAGGCUGAAGAAGGCGCAGCUGGCAAAGCCGAGAAAAAGACAUCUGGGGAAGCUAAGAAUCAAGUCAAUGGAACGCGCACGAACAAAAGCGACAACCCUCGUGGGAAAAAUUCCAAAGCUGAGAAGUCCUCAGGAGAAAAACAACAGAAUGGUGACGUGAAAGAUGGUAAAAAUAAGACAGACAGGAAGGAUCAAUCCAAUGUCGGAAGUGAUUCAAAGAAAACAGAUGAUUCAGAAGAGUAAAACACACCUCACAUACAAUAAAAGAGGCUGCCAGUGUCUUGCAUCAUUUUAGCUGAGCUUCUUCAUUCUCCUUCUCCUUCCACAAAGACCCGUAUCUGGGGAAGGUGUCCAACUUUCAGAAACAAGCCCCACCCCCCUACACACUUGGCCUUCCCUCAUGCCACCUCCUUUCAAGAAAUGGCUCUCUGGGAGCUGGUUUGAGGUCUAAGAACUCUGGGGAAAUCCUCCCCCAAGCAAACCAAACAACUUGAGCUUUUUGCACAAACAGAAACAAAACGUGAAGGGACUUCCUCAGAAUUCUUUGCUAAUGCCCUUGCUUUCAAGGCACCUGUCUGGCCUGGUGAGGAUGGACAUCCUGGAUAUGCUGAGGGAGGCCUGAAAAAGCCACAUGCGCAGUAACUGCCAUCUUACUACUGUCGAUGCCGUUCCUUUAAAUUGUUAUUUUUUUCACUGGCUACUGAUGGUGGAUACAGCCGUGCUGGUCCUUCAUCACAGCUAAGAUGAUGACUCCAGUCUCUGGUUGUUUCUUUCCUGAGUCUGGAACAUUCUUUUUCUCCAGUUUUCUUUCAGACUUAAAAUUUGUUCUUAUGCUUGUCUUUCCAUUUAUAUAGGACAUUCUUUUUUUUUUUUUUUAAAGAGAUUAUCCUAUAGGACUCUAUUUGUAAAUGCUUAA